UGUGCUACGAAGGUCAUGGCGUUGAGGCUGGUACUGUGAAUUUCUUUCUUGCCGAGAGUGGGAUUAUACAGCAUUUUCGAAGCAUGCACCGUAGCAUUGCUGUUGACGAUGAAAUGCAGAGGAAGUGCAAGGAACUUUUCGAACAACUGCAUGGGCAAGAGACUGCCAAGGUUGUAGAGCAAUUAUCUGCCCUUCGUUUACAGCAGCAGAAGGAUAACAGUGCAUCCCAUUGUUAUUCUAUGUUUACUGUAACAUAUGAGACCAAUCAGACAGUGUCAAGCGAAGCAUCGAUGGAUAUUGUGGCAAGAAAUGAACGAGAAGCGACAAAAUUAUAUGGCUUGGUACUAAAAGAUCAAGGGAUCCUAAAGCCUCUGGGAUGUGUGCCUUGUAUAAUCACUGUGAAACCAUACAAAUGCGACAAACGAGGACAGUCGUAUAAAGUCUGGGGCAAUGAUGAUAAAAUAUAUGUUGAAUGUUUCAUACCUGGCAAUAAGAUGAAUUUACUCAACAGUGACAGAACUCAACCACUCCAGCAACCACAACCAGUUAUGGCAAAUUCAGUUGGAAAGUUUAGUCUUUUUAAAACCCCACUGGAAGUUUUGAGAUCUGUUUUUGGAUAUGAAGACUUUCGGCCCAAACAACUUGAAUCGAUUGAACACAUUGUCUCGGGAGAGGAUGUUAUUGUUGUUAUGCCAACUGGAGGUGGGAAAACAGUCAUUUAUGCAAUACCAAGUCUGAUUUUGCCAGGUAUGGCUGUGGUUAUAUGUCCUUUAAUGAUGCUAAUGUGUGACCAGGUGGCCAGACUACGACGUCUUGAAAAAAAUUAA